AAUUUACAAUACAAGACCAAGUCAAACAAAAGUCUAACAUGAAGGUUUUCGUAUGCUUAUUAGCUAUCUGUGCCGUUGCCAAUGCUGGCUUCUUGUUCGGAGGUGGUAGCUCAGGCGGCAGUGGUGGUCAAGGUGGCUGGUCCAGCGGUGGUAGUUUUGGCGGCCAUGGUGGCUGGUCCAGUGGUGGUAGCUCUGGCGGUUAUGGUGGCUUUUCUGCACCUGCUGCUCCUCCAACCAUUGUCAAAGUAAUUCAUCAGACCGCCGAUGCUGGUCAAGGUGCUGGCUGGUCUGCUGGUGGUGCUUCCGCUGGCUGGUCUGCAGGCGGUUCCUCGGGUGGCUGGUCUGCUGGUGGUGCUGGCGGUGUUGGUGGUGAAGUGAAAGUUUUCAAGGUCAUUACUCAGAGUUCAUCCGGCGGUCAUGGUCAUCAUGAACAUGUUCAUCCUGCACCAGCACCAGCUCCAGUUAAAGUUAUUAAGGUCAUCCAUGAACAAGCUCCUGCACCAGCUGCUGGUUGGUCUGCCGGUGGUGCUUCAGCCGGUUGGUCUGCUGGUGGUUCCGGUGGUUGGUAA